AUGUUGAGAAAUUACGCAAAGAGGGUUGUUUCAGUGAGAUACAAUUCCACAAAGCCAGCAACUACUGAUAUUGAUGCGCUUUUAGAAAGAGUCAAGAAUUUGACAAAGGAUAUCAAACAGCCAUCAACUAAUCAAUAUAACGCUGGUGGUAACAGAAACAAUAACAGACAAAAUGGGAACUAUAACAGAAAUAGAGAAGGUGGUGGUCAGAAUAGAUCAAACAGACCUCAAAGAAACUUUAGAUCAGAUAGAAGAAGAGAGAGCGAAACAGUUGGUGCAGCUCCAUUGAAAGUUGGUAUCAAUGCCACUAGUAAUGUCAACAAGAGAUCAGCUGGUUCAAAUAUCGAUUCCAGUAUUGGAGAUCUAAUGGUUAGCACUCCAGGGUUCGAUGUUGGAGCUGAUGGUGCCACACAACAAACACAAAGAGUAUCUCGUGAAGGUGGAUUUAAAAGAUCCUAUGAUAACAACAGACCAAGAAGAGAUUUCAACAGCAAUAGAGAAGGUGGUAACAACUUUAGGGGAGAUGGUAGACCAGGUUUUAGAAGAAAUGUUGGAGCCCCAGGUUUAAGAGCCAAAAGUGGUAGACAAGAUAGAACACCAAGAAGAAAGAGAGAUGAAAAAAAAGCAAGACCAGAUUUUGCAUCACCAAGAGCACCAAAGAUUGAAGUCAAAGUCCCAUCAAAUAUCGAAUUAUUGGAUACUCAGUACAAACCAUCAGUUCCAACUUCAAGCACAUUAUUAGCUACAUCCCCAUUAUUAUCAAACGAUUCAAGUUCAAGAGUUUUAAGAGCUAUUCGUACUGCUUUACAAAAUCCAAAUGCUGAUCUAGGAGCAAUUGUUAAAGGUGACCUACGUGAAGUUGACAUUUCUCAAUAUUCUAAACAUUUGAAAACUGAAAAUUUGAAACAAAAUGCAACUGUUGUUGUUAAUGCAUUAAACAGAACUAAUAGAUUAGAUUAUAGUACCAAAAUGAAAAUUUUGGGUCCAUUAAUUGGUGCUUCUCCUGUUAAAGAACUGCCUUUGAGAUAUAAGGAAAUUCAGCAAUGA